AUGUAACUGCGACAUUUUCCGGUGUUGUGAAUUCACGUGGAGUAUUUUAAAGCAAGCGCCAUCAAGCACACGAGUGAAGCCACCAAAAUGAAACAAAAGGAAGGAGUAAUAAAACCUAAGACGAAGAGGGCUAAGCGGUUUCUUGACAACAGAGCUCCCAAGCUUAGAGAGAACGUCAAGAAUGCCAUGAUCAUGAAAGGAGGCAACACCAGUAUGACUGUCACUCAAGCACUGAAGGACAUUUAUGCCUUGAAGAAACCAAGUGCUGUAUUGUACAAAAAGAAAAAUAUAACCAGGCCAUUUGAAGAUUCUACAUCAUUGGAAUUCUUCUCGAAGAAAACGGAUAGCUCGCUGUUUUUGUUUGGCUCACACAACAAGAAAAGGCCAAACAAUCUCAUAUUUGGUCGUCUGUUUGAUUUCCACGUGCUGGAUAUGAUUGAGCUGGGCAUUGAAAAGUAUAACUCCUUGAGUCAGAUCAAGAACAGCAAAUGUCCUGAGGGGACCAAACCGAUGCUGGUGUUUGCAGGGGAGGCUUUUGACCAUGAUGAUGACCACAAACGCCUAAAGAGCCUUCUUACAGACUUCUUCAGGGGUCCUGUUGUGCCUUCAGUGCGUCUAGCUGGUCUGGAGCAUGUCCUGCACUUCACUGCUCUGGAGGGGAAAAUCUACAUGCGCAGCUACAGAUCUCUGUUGAAGAAGUCUGGAUGUCGUACACCAAGGAUUGAGCUGGAGGAGAUUGGGCCGUCUUUUGACUUUGUCUUGCGGAGAACACACCUGGCAUCAGACGACCUCUACAAGACAGCUCACAGACAGCCAAAGGCUCUGAAGCCCAAGAAGAAGAAGAACAUAUCCCACGAUACCUUUGGUACCAAGUUUGGCAGGUUGCACAUGCAGAAGCAGGAUCUGGCCAAGCUCCAGACACGUAAGAUGAAGGGUCUGAGGAAGAGGAGGGGCCCGGCAGCCGCUGUAGAGGGAGAGACGUCCUCGAAAACAGCCAAAGUAGAAGUGGAGUGAAGUCUUCCCAGGCUUUAAUGGACAUUUCACAAGCUCACGUCACGCUAACUGUGGAUGUUGACCGAUGUCUUCAGAAUUGUCAUUAAUUAUGAAAGAAUUACCCCCACAUGCAUGUUUACCUUCUGCAGGUAUGUUUGUCAAUGUCUCUUGUUAAUGACGUACAAAUCAUCUUCAUUCUGUUGCUCAUGUUACUUAAUCUGGAAAUGCUUGUUGUGAAAGGCAAGCCUGUCAGAUGUAUGUGCAUAAGAAAAGAAGAAAAAUGCGUAGUUCAAUAAGAUGUCAUUGUUCUAAAAUAAAAUACUCAAAAAUA